AUGGCGUCGCGCCAACUCCGAGUCUUGUUGUCGUUGCCUUCUGGCAUCACAAGAGCCGCUUUCUCUGCUAGCAAGCCCAGGUUACAACUGCACACACCCAAGCUCCCGAGGACCGCCAAUAUGGCCACCAUGGCUACUUUCAAGAUUCCCAAGGUGGCCAAUGAGCCCAACCAACACUACGCCAAGGGCUCCGCCCAGAGAGCCGGUCUGACGGCCGCCAUCGAAACACUACAGAAGAAGGGCGCCUUGAAGGUGCCUCUCGUGAUUGGGGGAAAAGAGAUCAAGACUUCCUCGACGGGCAGCCAAGUCAACCCAGCCGACCACCGAACUACUAUCGCCACCUACUCGCAAGCAUCGCCGGAACAUGUCAGAGCCGCCAUUGACUCGGCGCUGGCUGCCAAGGCCGACUGGGAGUCCCUACCUUUCGCCGACCGCGCCGCCAUCUUCCUGAAGGCGGCCGAUUUGAUCAGCACCAAGUACCGCUACGACAUCAUGGCCGCCACGAUGCUGGGCCAGGGCAAGAAUGCCUGGCAGGCCGAGAUUGACGCCGCGGCCGAGCUCUGCGACUUCUUCCGCUUCAACGUACAGUAUGCCGAGGAGUUGUACGCCCAACAACCAGUGCACAACUCGCCUGGCGUGUGGAACCGCGUCGAAUACAGGCCGCUCGAGGGCUUCGUCUACGCCAUCAGCCCCUUCAAUUUCACCGCCAUCGCCGGUAACCUGCCUGGUCUCCCCGCCCUGCUUGGCAACGUCGUGGUCUGGAAGCCCAGCGACUUUGCCAUUGCCAGCAACUGGCUGCUGUACAAUAUCCUGGUCGAGGCCGGUCUGCCGCGCGACGUCAUCCAGUUUGUGCCGGGCAACCCGGAGGAGGUGACCAGGGAGGUGUUGGCUCACAGGAAGUUCGCCGCGCUGCACUACACGGGCAGCACUUCCGUCUUCCGCAAGCUCUACGGCCAGAUCGGCGCUGGAGUCGCCGAGGGCCGCUACCAGUCGUACCCUCGCAUUGUUGGCGAGACGGGCGGCAAGAACUUCCACCUGAUCCACUCGUCGGCCGACCUGGAGAACGCUGUCGUGCAGACGGUGCGGGGUGCGUUCGAGUAUCAAGGUCAGAAGUGCAGCGCCACCUCUCGGCUCUAUGUGCCGGCCUCGGUGUGGCCGCAGUUCAAGGCCCGCAUGGUCGAGGAGACGCAGAAGCUGACGGUCGGCAACCCUUGGGACCACAAGAACUUCAUGGGUCCCGUCAUCCACGAGGCUUCCUUCAAGAAGCUCUCGGGAGUGAUCGACGAUGCCAAGAACGACAAGGAUCUCGAGCUGCUCACCGGUGGCAGCUACGAUAAGUCCAAGGGAUAUUUCGUGCAGCCGACCAUCUACCAGGCCAAGACGCCGGACCACAAGCUCUUCUCGACGGAGCUGUUCGGCCCUAUUUUGACGGUUUACGUCUACGACGACGCCAAGGACCCCGUUGGUGCCUUUUCGCAAGCUUGCGAGCUGGUCGACACGGCCAAUGAGUAUGCGUUGACCGGGUCCGUGUUCGCGGCUGACAGGGCUGCGGUCCGGUUCGCAGAGGAGAAGCUCCGCAAUGCGGCGGGCAACUUCUACGUCAACUGCAAGAGCACGGGUGCCGUGGUGGGCCAGCAGCCGUUCGGCGGAAGCCGUGCGAGCGGGACGAACGACAAGGCGGGCAGCAUCAACAUCCUCUCUCGCUUCGUCAGCAUGAGGAGCAUCAAGGAGGAGUUCAACGCCACCACGCGGGUGGAGUACCCUAGCAAUGAGGUGUGA